ACAGUUUCUAGUUUCAGAUGUGUUCGGAUAGGCCCGCCCGUAUGGGCCCAUUUUGUUUGAAAGGAGUUUGUGUCAUGGACUGUUGUUUUAGGAGAAAGGGCGACCUGGCUUUGUAAUAACUCUGCUCAGGAAAGGGGGGGGGAAAGGGAUACGAACAUGGUGCUUUAUGAAAGAAUGAUUGAAGACUGCGGGCAGAGCGUUGACACCAUGGCAGAUAGAAGGCAACUGUUGGUGGAGAUGAGGGCUCAGGAUUUGGAUUCUAUACGACUGUCGACGUACAGAACAGCCUGCAAACUCAGAUUUGUGCAGAAGAAAUGCAACUUGCAUUUGGUCGACAUUUGGAACGUCAUCGAGGCUUUCCGGGAGAACGGCCUCAACGCCAUGGACCUCAACGCUGAGCUUUCCGUGGCUCGUCUAGAAGUCGUGCUGUCCACUAUCUUCUACCAGCUGAACAAGCGCAUGCCCACCACGCAUCAGAUAAACGUGGAACAGUCCAUCAGCCUGCUGCUCAACUUCCUGCUGGCAGCCUAUGACCCGGAGGGCCACGGCAAGACAUCUAUCUUUGUUGUGAAAAUGGCCCUCGCAACCAUCUGUGGUGGGAAAAUUCUGGAUAAAUUAAGAUGUAAGAAACACAACAAAUCUUUAUCUUACUUUUAA